UCUUGCUCUUUGUUAUUCUGAAAAACUUUCUUACUUUCCUUUAUGUUCCAUGGAAAAAAAAUAGAUUCUUUUUUCUGCCCAAUUUCGGAGACGCACGUUUCAGUCCAAUUCCUCGUAGAUUUGCUCCGACGAACAAAAAGCUUUUUCAGAACCUAUAGCUUCAAUUCCUACGUACAAGACAACAAAAUCACAUCAAAGCAUCAAACUGGACUAUUCAGCUAAUGACAAAGUGAGGAAUUGAAUAAGGAGGACUGUUGCAGUCUUGCAACUCAAAUUUUGGAGCACAGGCACAUAAAUGCAGGCUUAAUUCGUACAAAUCCUGUUUUUUAAUGGCCGCACCAUUGAGAAGAUAACGGAAUUAGCUGUCCGAUAUUGGGGAAGAGCGAAUUUCAUUCAAUCUCAGGUUUACACGCAAGAUGCCAUGGAGUAAAAUUGUCUGAUACAAAUGGAAGCUAGCAUUAGUGGAAGCUCUUCUCCAACCCAUCCUAAAUGGAGAAAAGUUGUUUAUGGUGGGAUGCAACCUGGCUUUGGUGACAAUCACACAGAUGAAUCCUUCCUGGAGGAAAUGAUCAUGAAUGCUAAUGUUGUCAAAAGAGACUUAUUGAAGGUGGUGCUUGACGCAAUUUCUAUCUCACAAUAUCUUUGCAUUGUCGCCCUUGUGGUUUUGGUUUGGACCUACACCCUCACAAAUACCUUGACAGAAAAAUAUCUUUUGCUACUGAAUGUUAGCCUACUUGGAUCGGGAUUCUUUAUUCUGCUUUUAACUGCAGACAUGAUACCCUUCAAUCUCCUCCUCAAUUAUCUCCUAAAGAAUACCUUCUUCAUUACUGCCUUAUAUAUGUUGUCUCCUAUCUACCACACACUUACUAGGUCCAUAAGCUCGAAUUCUAUAUGGGCACUAACAGCUUCCCUUCUCAUACUCCAUCUCUUCCUGCACAAUUACUCAGGGUCCACUGUAAAGGCUCCUGGAGCUUUAGAUAAUCCAACCCUGACAAGCAAUAUCUCUCUGAAUGCUUCGAUCGUGGCUUCACUUCUGAUUUCUUCUCGCCUUCCAUCAAGGCUUCAUGUCUUUGCUAUCGUGCUAUUCUCCUUGCAAGUUUUCCUCUUUGCUCCUUUAGUCACAUAUUGUGUGAAGAAGCGCUCUUUCAAGUUACAUAUUUGUUUCUCCCUUCAGUUAUUGGUUCUGACACUAGUCUUCACUUACCAGUUGCAUAAGCUGCUUUUCAUUGUGCUUUUGGGCAUCUUUGUCUUUGUUAAUUUGGUUUGUCCUUACUGGCUGAUAAGGAUUCAAGAGUACAAGUUUGAGAUUAAUGGCCCUUGGGAUGAGGCUAAGCUCUGUUUUAACAUUACAGAAUGAGCAGAUUUGUGGAUGGAUGAAUGUGAUUCAUGAAGAGCAACAUUUGAGUUACACAAUCAAUUUUGACCACUCUUUGUAUUCUUAGUGCCCAGCUAAAGUAAUACUGAUUUGCUUCCUGAAGAAGACGGACUGUAUCUAUAUUAGGAAGUCCAUUACACAUGUAUAAAUAUACUUAAUUGUGAACUCAGUAAUUAAAAUGAGGCUCGGUGACAAAUUCAGAACUCAUGAACUUUGAAUUCUGUCCGUUUAGUUUAUUCUUUCCUUGUAGAAGAUUUGACACAAUAAUAGUAAACACUAUCACUAGAUACCCU